AUGCCCGCUGAGGGAGUGUGGAUCUCGCCAUCCGGUGUCAAGACGGUCAUCCCGCUUGAAAACAACCCUGAGGUCUUCACGUCGCUCCUCCACGAUCUAGGCUUGUCCCAGAAGCUAGGGUUUUAUGAUGUCUACAGCAUCGACGAUGCCGACUUGCUCGCCAUAAUUCCGCGGCCGGCCCAUGCCCUAAUCUUCAUAACCCCGGCGGAGAUGUACUACGCGUCGCGCAAGGAAGAUGGCAUUUCCUGCGACAUGGCCGUCGAGAAGAUGACUUAUACCAAGACCGGUGACGACCCCGUCCUGUGGUUUCGCCAGACCAUCGGGAAUGCCUGCGGUCUAUACGCCCUGAUCCACUCGGUUGCCAACGGCCCGGGAAAACAAUAUGUGCAGAAGGAGUCGCUCCUGGACCGGCUCUUCGCAGAGGCCAAGCCCUUGCAGCCAGAGUCGCGGGCCAGGGUUCUCUACGACAGCCAGGAGCUGGAGGAGGCGCAUAUGCGGGCAGCACGCAAGGGCGACUCUAUCCCGCCACCGGCAGAAAACCACCCGGCGCUUCACUUCAUCGCUUAUGUCAAAGGGCCGGAUGGCCAUCUAUGGGAGCUUGAGGGCCAGACGGACGGGCCGGUUGACAGGGGUCUUCUUCCGCCAGAGGAUGACGUCUUGAGCGCCAAGGCUCUGGAGCUUGGUCUCCGAAAGUUCUUGAAGCAUUCCGAAGGGAACCCGAAUUUCAGCAUUGUUGCGUUGGCCAACCAGGAUUGA